GAAAAUCAUUGGGAAGAGAAUAGAGAACCUCAAACAAAACACACGUCUCAUGUUCAGGCUGAGGACACUCAUAACAAAGAAAAUCUCGAUUACAUUUCCAAAUCCCCUCGGCUCUUCCCGAUAAGUGUGAUAAUGUAACGUCUGUUGGGGAUUACGAGUCACAAAUAAGUGGGUAGUGAGUGAUAGUGAAGUGACAAUGCACGAGUGUGUCGAGACAGGAUAAUCAUGGGCCACAAGACGACCAGAAUUUCACGAAAUUAUGACCUGCAGAGUUGACGGGAGAUUCUGGUGGAGUUUUUGUCGGAGUUAAUGAGUUUUUUGAUUGAUUGAGUGGAACUGGGGUACCUCGGGGACACGAUGUUUCGGAGCCGCAGCUGGUUCGGGGGUGGACUGUGGAAACCCAAGAAUCCACAUUCACUGGAGCAUCUCAAGUAUUUGUACAAUGUUUUGUCGAAGAAUCAUACGGUGUCGGAUAAUAAUAGGGGGUUGCUGGUGGAGACUUUGAGGUCCAUUGCUGAGAUUCUUAUCUGGGGGGACCAGAACGAUAGCAGUGUGUUUGACUUUUUCUUGGAGAAGAACAUGCUCUCCUUUUUUCUUCGGAUAAUGAAGCAAAAGUGUGGGAGCUACGUCUGUGUUCAGUUACUCCAGACGCUCAACAUUCUGUUUGAAAAUAUUAGGAAUGAGACAUCACUCUAUUACCUGCUAAGCAACAACCACGUAAAUAGUAUAAUAGUGCACAAAUUUGACUUCAGUGACGAGGAAGUUAUGGCUUACUACAUAAGUUUUCUCAAAACCCUGAGCCUCAAAUUGAAUGCACAUACUAUUCACUUCUUCUAUAACGAGGUAAACAAGCACACGAACGACUUUCCCCUGUACACCGAGGCGAUAAAAUUCUUCAACCACUCGGAGGGAAUGGUGCGCAUAGCGGUUCGCACGUUGACCCUGAACGUCUACCGAGUGGAGGACGCCUCGAUGUUGGCCUUCAUCCGCGACAGGACAGCAGCCCCGUACUUCAGCAACCUCGUCUGGUUCAUCGGCAACCACAUAAUCGAGCUGGACACAUGUGUGCGAAACGACGCAGACCACCAGAGCCAGAACCGCCUGUCAGACCUCGUCGCCGAGCACUUGGACCACCUCCACUACCUGAACGACAUCCUCUCCCUGAACAUUCCAGACUUGAACAAGGUUCUCUCCGAGCACCUUCUGCACAAGCUCCUGGUGCCCCUGUACGUCUACUCCCUGACUAAAUCGAUAUCCCCACCAGGUCAGAGCCCAGGGGAGCGAAAGCACGUGAGCGUUGUGGUCUCCCUGUUCCUCCUGUCCCAAGUGUUCCUCAUCGUCUCUCACGAGCCCCUGGUGCGAACCCUAGCUGCUGUGAUCCUAAAGUCAGACUCCCACAUCGUGGAGGAUGGAGUCAGCAGAGUCCUUGAGGAAUACCAGCUCUCCUCCUUCGACGAGUCCAUUGUCUUCGCCCCACCGAGUGAGACAUUGGAAAAAUCCCUGGAGAGUCUCUCUGGACACCCAGACCCCCAGGCCCUGACCCUGGAGGACAUCCCCGAGCAGUCGAGCCCCAGGCACUCCUCCACAUCAGACUCAGAGGUCCUCGACAGUCAGGAGACACCGGUAUCGUGUCAAGAAGACAUCAAGCACCUGAACGUCACCGACGAGGAGAAGGAGCAGAGACUAGCCCUGGAGGUUGAUUUCUCCCCCAGCCAGGGCAGACAGCCCCUCGAGGAGCCUUCAGCCCUCCCACCAGUUGCCAAACCCUUUCUCGAGACCAUUUUAAACUCCCUCCACUGCACAGAGAACGAUUACGCCACGUUGUUCUCCCUCUGCCUGCUUUACGCAUUAAUCAGCAAUGAAGGGGUCGACAAAGAGACUUUGGACUUUGCGACGUCUGUAAAAACCCCCAGCAAUUGGUACAACUCUGCUCUAAUAGAGAAGCUUAUCCACGUUAUCUCGGCGAGCUGUCAGACUAAUGCUAAAAUAAGACUUGUAACACUAGAGAUGAGUAUAAAGUUGCUGAUUAAAUUAGUCAUAUCGGAUGGGGAGAGUCUACUAUGUGAUGCACAUUUGGCUGCUAUAGAGUCUGCUAAGGAGGAGAGCACAGCUCUGCUCAGGAAUUUUUACAAGAGUGAGGAUAUAUUUCUCGAUAUGUUUGAGGAUGAGUACAGCGAGGUACAGAAGAAACCGUUGAAUGUCGAGUGGUUGAUGAUGGAUAGCAAUAUUUUACUGCCACCAACUGGCACUCCCAUGACUGGGAUUGAGUUCAGCAAACGGUUGCCCUGUGGCGAGGUGGAGAGGGCACGAAGGGCCAUUCGUGUGUUUUUUCUAGUCAGGGAGCUGUCGCUGCUCCUGGGGAAGGAGCCGGAGGCUCAGCUACCUUUGACGAACCCAGUGAACUGCGUCCAAGUGGGGAAUGUCCUGGAUCUGAAUAACAGUGAUUUGAUUGCUUGUACUGUUGUGUGGAAGGAUGGACAGAAGAUCCGGAGGUUUCUUGUGAUCGAUGUCAUUCAGCUGAUCCUCGUGGAACCUGACACGAGGAAGCUGGGGUGGGGGGUGGCCAAGCUGGUGGGGUUCCUUCAGGAUAUUGAGGUGGCUGGGGACAAGGACGACUCGAGGUGUCUACAUUUAACGAUUCACAAACCACUGAGCAGCAGUGGAGGGAACAGGCUGCCCCUGCUCUCCGCCAAGUUCAUUUUUGACGAUCAUAUCAGGUGCAUGGCUGCCAAGCAGAGGUUGACGAAAGGGAGGAUCAAGGCCAGGCAGAAGAAGAUGGGUCAGAUUGCGAAGCUACUGGAUAUACCCACGAAUCUGCCGAGCUGCUCAACUCCACCGAAUUAUGCUCUCCUUGGGAUGAGGCACGAGAGGAGCGCGGGGAGGGGUCAGAGAGGCAAAGAUCAGAGGGGAAUGUUCACGGUUAACAAGGUCCCAGGGUUCGCAGCUCAAUUGCGAAAGCAGAAUGAACCCAGGACUGGGGUGGGCAGGAGGGUUGUGGGGGACGUGAGCCCACCGAGUGGGAACACUAGUGAUAAUGGCAUCAGGCCGAGGGAUAGCUCGCCCAAGAUGCCGAGGCCGAGGAGUGAGGAGAUUCCUCUGGAGGACAUGAGACUGAGGAAGAGCUCACUCACUGGGAAUGGGUGCUCAGGGCUGCCUGCUAUCUCUGUUGAACCCAACACUUCGACUUUGAGCUCGUCUGUCAAUAACGAUGUUGUGUUGAGUAAGAAAUGCUCGGAGGAGACCUCGUUCACUUCACCACAAGCUCCGGAUGCGCCGACAAAACCUCGGCGGAAGGGACAGGUCGAAACUGUGUAAUUGCGGUGGGGUUGGGUGUUAAUGGUAAUGGGAUCUGAAUGUUUUUAAAGUUGUUUUGUAUUUUUUAUCGAAAAGUAUGGGGAAUGUGGGGGAGGAGAGUUCAGGGGGAGCUGGAGAUUUCAGUAGUUGCUGGGAAUAUUCAAGACUUCUUCAGGUUUUGUGGAGAUAAGAUCAGUUGAGCACGCAAAAUUAAUAGAAAAAGCUAGCGAAUUCGCUAGAUAAUUCUGUUGGAUUUCUAUUGAACUUUCUGUUAGUUUUUGGGCGAUUUUGUUGAAAUGUUGAAUAGAGAGAUUCAAUCGAAAAAGUCAAUAGAAUUGAAUAUUUUUAUAAAAUUUAUUCUAUUGGGUUAUUUUCUAUAGA